UUUCUUCGUUUAGUAUAGUUUCGAUUAUUGACGACAGGUGCUCUGAAUUUAAGAAAAAAAUUUGCCGCUUGUGUAUUUUUCAGAGUGUUUGAGAGCUUUGGAAUUUUUAACAACUAAUUCAUCAAAAUGAGUAUUCUCUCCUAUAAUGGAGGUGCUAUGAUAGCAAUGAAGGGCAAGAAUUGCGUGGCAAUUGCGGCUGAUCGACGAUUUGGAAUUCAAUUGCAAACAUUGGCGACGGAUUUGCAAAAAAUUUAUGAAAUGGGUCCACAUUUAUAUCUCGGUCUACCUGGCCUUGUGACCGACAGUCAAACAGUAAUGGAGAGACUUAGAUUUCGAUUGAAUUUAUAUGAACUAAAAGAAAAUAGACGAAUUCAUCCAAGAACUUUUAGUUGUAUGGUGUCAAAUCUUCUCUAUGAAAGGCGAUUUGGACCUUAUUUUAUUGAGCCAAUGAUAGCUGGACUCGAUCCAGUUACAUUUGAGCCAUUCAUUUGCAAUAUGGAUUUAAUUGGCUGUCUAAAUGAGCCACAAGAUUUUAUUGUUGGCGGUGGAUGCUCCGAGCAAUUGUACGGAAUGUGCGAAGCUCUCUAUGAACCCGAUAUGGAACCUGAUGAUCUUUUUGAAAAAAUAAGUCAGGCUUUGGUGAGCGCUUGCGAUCGUGACGCUAUUUCCGGUUGGGGUGCCGUCGUUCACAUUAUAGAAAAGGACAAAGUUACGACUAGAAUGGUGAAAACACGAAUGGAUUAAGGAUUAUUUUUUUUUAUGCCAAUUAUUUACUACUUCUUAUAUUUUAAAAAAAAUAAAAUUUCUUUCACUGA